AUGGCGCCGAACAGAAAUACAAAUGGAGGACGCAAGUAUGUAUUACCCUCGUCAUCCAAUAAUCAGGUUCCUUGCCAACACUGCAACAAGCUGUACUCAUUGCGUGGUUUACGGUCUCACGAGCAAAGCUGCUUGAGGAGACAGGAGAAGGAGAAGGACAACAAUGAUUUUGCAGUGCUUGCAGCGCAGGCAGUAGAGGAGCAACUUAAAAGGAAAGAGGCACGCCGAGAGAGAAAACGCCUUCACAAGCCUAAGGAACAAGAUACAGCGGCCAGUACUGGCCCAGAUGUCCUGUUGGUCCCUUCAGCAUCACUCCUAUCUGAGGAUUGCACAGAGAAUGUGCACAAUGACUUGAACGCAGGCACAAUGUCAUUUUCGAUGGGAUCAGAUAAUGUUGUUGAUGCAAUGAGUGUCAGUGGAGACUUGCGACAACGUGCAGAUUCUGAUUCCAGUAUGGUGUCGUCUCACGGUCCCACACCACCUACUCUGUCCUCAAUUGCAGCUGAAACUUCAGUUCCCUCCGGCCUUGAUACAUUCAAGACAGAGUACCAUCCGAAAUCUGGUCGCGCAACAACUAUAGAGACUUUCUCUACCUUUGGGCGCAAGCAAGAUCAAUGGUUGCCCAUCAUCGACAAAGAACCCUGGCAGCUGUUCAGCUGUCGUGCAGACUUUGAGUUUGCCGAACUUGCACACAAUGCCGCCUUGAACAAGGACCACACAGACGAGCUGUUGCGGCUCAUUUGGAGAAUCACUGAGGGCCAUGCAAAACUCACGUUCAAGUCCCACCAUGAUGUUUCUUCGGCCUGGGACAGGGCGGCCUCUCAGAUGGCACCUUUCGAGAAGCAUACUAUCACUGCCCGACACAAACGGGAGGACCUUACAUUUGAUGUAUAUACACGCCCAUUGUGGGACUGGGCCUUGGACUUACUACAGGACCCAUUACUGGUGCUGCACUUUGUUUGGGAUGCACAGCGGUUGUACAAACAUGACUGGGCACAUUACAAAUGCUUUUACCAUGAGCCUUGGACUGCAGAUCGCUGGUGGAAUGUACAAUUGUCUUUACCCGAAAACGGCGUCCCUUUUGCCUUCAUACUGUAUGCAGACAAGAUGCAUCUGUCUUCUGCUGGGACCAUUAAAGCUUAUCCGGUCUUCGCUCGAUGUGGGAACUUGCCCGUUCACAUCAGAAAUACUGAUGGGCUGGGCGGCGGAUGGAUGGUCAGCUGGUUACCGAUAGUACCUGAAGACUCUAAGGAGGAUGGUAAACUGUCUUAUGUGAACCUCAAACUGGUUGUGUGGCAUGACGGGUUUCUCAAGCUUCUCGAAACCAUCAUACUCUAUGCCAAGACAGGAUACGCACAUCUGUGUUCUGACAGUAUUGUUAGGUGGCUGUAUGCAUUCAUUUUACUUUUGUUGGCUGAUUACGAAGAGCAAUGUGUCAUGGCGCUCAUAUGGGGGACAAACUGUCAUUGCCCUUGUCCAAUCUGCCUUGUCCCAUCGGAUAAACUCUACGACAACGCAUCUACUUAUCCAAUCCAAUCGCCUGAAGAUGCGCAAUCUUGUGUAGAACUGUGGAAGAAGAAUAAAGCAGCUGGAGAAGAAGCAUUAAAAAAACGGGGCUUGCGGCCAGUUAUGAUCCCGAAUUCUAACCCUCACAAAAUGAUCUUGCAGGAUCACCUCCAUGUUUAUCAUAUUGGGGAAUGGGGUAAACAUCUAUUUGGUAAGCUUAAACGACAUGCAGCGGCUUUGGGACGCAGCGCCAAGAAGAAGAUUGAUGAUCAGUUCGCUGCCUUCACAUGUUGGCACAAUUUGAAUCAUUUUGAUCGUGUUACCAACAUCACCUAUAGCGAUGGUAACAAACUUCGAGACAUUUCCAAGCAAAUUUUAUAUACCACUCAGAACGUACUCACGCGCACAGACGACGAAGCUGGCUAUGCACUUCUACGGUGCAUAGCGAGUUAUCUACAUAUCGACAUGUACGUAUCACUUGACGUGCAUACAGAGAGCACAAUCCAAGCAGGAAAAGCGGAGGUUCUGGUGUUUCAGACGCACUUAGAGGACUACAUCACAAUUAUUGAGGAGACUGAUCCCGAUGCAACCAAGAACUGGAACUUUCCCAAGAUGCACGCCUCAAAGCAUAUUUUCGACGAUAUCCUCGCAAAAGGUGCUGCCCGCAACUUCAGCACUCGACCGAAUGAAAAGCAGCAUGGGCCGAUCAAGCGCUGGUACCUACGGCAGACCAAUUGUAAGGAUAUCGCUAACCAGAUCCUUGUACUCGACCAUAAGAGCUUUGUUACCGAGUUUAUUCGCAGCCGUAUUAAAUUUCUUGAUGAGGAACGACAUAAACUCACGCUCUCACGGGAAGAACUUGAAGACAACAACACUGAUGACGAGCCAUUUGAAGCUCACCUGCAUAUCGGUUUGCCCCUUAGGACUCUCACCAGCCUAGCGCAAGUGGAGGAAGACAACAGGUCAAAUCGUGCCUUUGACCAUUUCAGGAAGAAGCUCGCAACGUUUCUGAAUCACUUCCUGCCCUCCCACAACAUACCAUUACCAGACGGAAUACAGUGGCUGAAACUUUCAGCACAUGACCAAGUUCACGAACAUCGCUAUCUCAAAGUCCACUAUGAGUCAGCUGCUACCUGGAAGUUGGCCACUGACUAUCUGCAAUGCAGUCCAAGUUUUCAUGGCCACGAGCAUCGUGACUGUGCUCUAAUCUGCACACAGGACAAGGAUGGCCACGACAAAUAUAUCUUUGUCAAGCUAUUAUUUGUGUUCAAGCUUACUGUCUGCAACAGCACCUUAGAUCUUGCCUUGGUUCUUCCCAUGGAUGCUUCACCAUGUCGGCGCCUCCUAGAUUGA